AUGACCAUAGAGCUGAAUACACCAGACAAUGUUUCCCUGCGAGCAGGUCCUCCAACAAGGGAAGAGCUGCUCGCGCACUAUCCAGCCAAGUUCACAUGGCACCAGCUCAAGACCUUCGUGAAUUCCGGGGAUCUCGGGCUGCUAAAGCGUAACAAAGCGCUACAAAAGAGAUAUAACGCAUGGUCUCCAGGGAUUGUAAAAGAGCACGGCUCAUUGGAGAACUACCUUAUCAACCACCGUCUUCAAUGGGGAAAGCCAGAUACCCUUUCCAUCUUACCCUCAGCACUCGAUAGCGAUACCAUACUUAAGAACGUAUCCAUAUCAUCAUCCGAAUCUAAUCGGCCCCUCCUACCGCUUCCCCCAGACGCGCCCGAAUAUUUCAAAGCUGAUAUUCCAUUCGAUUCAGAAUUUAUCAGUAUCAUUCAGAACGACUGGCCUUACGCUGUCCCUAUCGAGAUCGAACACACGCUCAUCUGGUCACGAGUACCUAUCUUCCAUCCAGAUCUCAUUCCGGCGGAAAUAAAUGCACGGAUUCAACAAGAUGGGCUGUGUGGGUUUACAGGCAACGACGAGCCUCCACCCUCACCAUCCACCCUACCGGAAUGUCUGCCUGCCCUGGCGGAAUGGGGAAUCACGAUGGUGAAUUUAGUGCGCAGCCCCAGGGGCAGUCCAGAGAUUCAAGAGAUGGUGAGGAAUGCUGGAAGAGAAAUAGAUGGUUUUGUGAAACGAAGGUGGAUGGAAGGCGAGUGGGAGACUGCAUGGUUUGUCAAUCCCCCAAGGCUACAGAGCAUUCGUGGACUAGCGCAUAUCCAUGUGUUCGCAAAGAAGAAGGAAAUUUUAUAG